GUCAAACUUAACACGAAUUACAGAGAACCAAGACCAACACCAUUUCACCGGUAACUCUGAUUCCGAGAAUUUCGUGUGGAUUUGGGAGAGAGAAGUGCGUACACUUGACCAGUGACCCAGGCAAUAGAAGAAAGUAACUGCCCGACUGCUACGAUCAACAUUCCAAUCACUUUCUUUUGUCUUUUUUUUCGGUCACAGUUAAAAUAUUUUGGGUGUUAUAACCCUCGGCAAUUUCUUUUGACAUUUUACAUCAGAGCCGUAAAGAAUAUUUUUGUUGUUGUGAAACAACAAUCAAAUAUAUAUAUUUUUAUCACACAAAAUUAGGCAACUGGAAAUAUCUAAACAUAUUAUUAAAUAUAAUAUUUAUUAUUUUAGCAUAUAAUAUCUGGAUUCUUACUCUUUGAACAUCAAAGCUCUGAGAUCCGAAGAUGGACUUGCUGUUGAACAUGACGGAUUUCUACCCUUCCGUUAACGCCACUAACGGCUCCGGUUUGAACGACACAGAAGACUAUAACCAGUUCGUGCAGCCGGUGUGGCAGAUCGCUCUUUGGGCAGUCGCCUACUGCAGCAUGGUGUGCGUCUCCAUGAUCGGUAACCUGGUGGUCAUCUGGAUCAUCCUCGCGCACAAACGCAUGAGGACCGUGACCAACUACUUCCUGGUGAACCUAGCCUUUGCAGAGGCGUCCAUGUCUGCCUUCAACACAGUGAUAAACUUUGCCUACAGUGUCCAUAACGAGUGGUACUUUGGUCUGGGCUACUGUCGCUUCCAUAACUUCUUCCCCAUCGCAGCUGUCUUCGCCAGCAUAUACUCCAUGACCGCCAUAGCACUGGACAGAUACAUGGCUAUCAUCCACCCCUUGAGGCAGAGGUUGUCUUCGACAGAGACCCGUGUAGUGAUCGGAGUGAUCUGGGUGUUAGCUCUACUGUUGGCCUUCCCCCAGUACUUCUACUCAGCUACAGAACAGCUGCCUGGUAGGACUGUCUGCUACAUCCAAUGGCCCGACUACACCAACAACACAACCAUGGACUUCAAGAAGAUGUACUAUUUGUCUGUGGUGUUGCUUUACUAUUUCCUGCCGCUGUGCAUUAUGGGAUGUGCCUACCUGGUGGUGGGCUUGUCCCUGUGGGCGGGGACAAUCCCUGGAGACUCCACCCACCGCUACCGAGAACAGCUCAUCGCCAAACGCAAGGUAGUGAAGAUGAUGAUCGUGGUGGUGUGUACGUUUGCAGUGUGCUGGCUGCCGUACCACAUCUACUUCCUGCUCCAGCAGUUCCACCCUGACCCCAUGCAGCUAUUUGAGUGGCGCUACAUCCAGCAGGUCUACCUGGCUGUCAUGUGGUUGGCCAUGAGCUCCACCAUGUACAACCCUAUCAUCUACUGCUGUCUCAAUGACAGGUUCAGAGCAGGCUUUCAGCAGGUGUUCUGUUGGUGUCCGUGUGUUCCUGCAGGCUCCUACGAGGGACUGGAACUCAAGUCCACCAGCUACCUACAAACUCAGGUGAGUGUGUACCGAGCCAGCCGGACGGAGACCAGUGUGUCGACGGUUCUGCAGCCCACUGAGGAGGAGUGCUGUGGGGCCGAGCUGCCAGCUAGCACCCCUAUCAGCCAGACAACUCUGGAGCGUGACUCCAUGGCCUCACAAUCAGCCCCAAACACCCCCGACAGCCCUGUUUUUUUGCGGCCGACGCAUCAUGGAUUAGUAGCUCAAUAAACGCCUAACUGGACUGGUGUCUAAAACAUUUCUGCAGGUAUAUGUGCAUUAGUACGGUACCAACUAGUUCACCAAGAGGUAUUAAACAGGACUAGCGUUGAGAGCGCUUCUGUAGGCAGAUGUGGUUUUGGUGGACUACGACCUGCAGUUCUAUUAUUCUUGUCUAGUAUAUCUGACCAGGCCAAGUGGGGAACACAUUAAGGAUUCUUUCCAUCAUUCACAGUCCCUGUGUACCCCCUGCCUCACCCCCCCUGCAUUCCAGAACCAUAGGGCUGUGUUUGGAACACUCAGACCACCACGUCCCUCAGCAACAACAGCAGCCACGGGUCUCUCGCUAAGAAAACACUGAUGAUUGUGUGUGCGCAUGCGUGUGUGUGUGUGAACAGUGUCAGGCAGGGUGUGUGCCUGCCUGCAUUUGUUUCUUCGUGCAAGCACGUGUUGUGUGUGGGUUCGUUUGUGCAACCGUGCGUGUGUGUGGAUUUCUGCGAGGUGAUGUGUGCUGGCCCAGCACUUGUUGUCAGGGAUUGCUGCUCAGAGCCGACAAUGUGCGGAGCAGUACUCUGUCUGUCUGGUCAGAGCACAGAGCUCUGUGGCCAAAAGUAUGUGGACGCCUGCUCGUCGAACAUCUCAUUCCAAUAUCAUGGGCAUUAAUAUGGAGCUGUUCCCCCCUUUGCUGCUAUAAUAGCCUCUGCUCUUUUGGGAAGGCUUUCCACUAGAAGUUGAAACAUUGCUGUGGGGACUUGCUUCCAUUCAGCCACAAGAGCAUUAGUGAGGUCGGGCACUGAUGUUGGGAAAUUAGGCCUGGCUCGCAGUCGGAGCUCCGAUUCAUCCCAAAGGUGUUCGAUGGGGUUAGGGUCAGGGCUCUGUGCAUGCCAGUCAAGUUCUUUUCACACCGAUCUCGAUCACCAUUUCUGUAUGGACCUCGCUUUGUGCAGGGGGGCAUUUUCAUGCUAAAACAGGAAUAGGCCUUCCCCAAACUGUUGCCACAAAGUUGGAAGCACAGAAUCAUCUAGAAUGUCAUUGUAUGCUGUAGCGUUAAGAUUUCACAUCAUGGGAACUAAGGGGCCUAGUCCUAACCAUGAAUUAAAAAGCCCUGGACCAUAACUCCACUGUGGAUUUGUCCAUCAGACUGCCAGAUGCAAGACUCCUAGUCCAGGACCAUUUAAGAAUGGUCUUUGAAUGAGUAGGUAAUGGUCAACGAUGUUGAAUGCCUUGGAAAGGUCUAUAAAUAGGGGAACACAAUGUUUUUUAUGAUCUAGGCAAUUUAACACAUAAUCUAAAACAAGCAUGAAUUGAGAGUCAGGUGAACUACUGCUCUGUGGUCUGGGGAAAUGCAACAGCAAGUGACAUUAGGAGGCUGCAGAUUGCACAGAACAACGCAGCAAGGAUUGUUUUAAGGUUCUUAUGGUUCUUCUGUUGCAGUCAUGCGCAAUGCUCUUGGUUGGUCAUCAAUCAACAAGAUAAUUGAAAGGAACAUGUUUAUUUUAUUUCAUAAUAUACAUCAUUUAAAACGCCCAAGUUCUAUUCACAAACAGUAUUCAGUUGGUAAGAGACAGACCUUCAGUCAAUACUAGGAAUAAAUUGUCCAGACAGAAAAGGGAAAUGGGCAAAAUAACAUCAUUUAAAUAUAACACACAGGAAACACAUAGGAAAGUUGUGCUGGACUGUGGUCGAUGAAGAAUCAAUCUGUCUUUUUAGACUGUUAGAGUAUUUAUCUGGUCAAUAUGUCCGUGUAUUAUGUCUGUUUGUAACAGUGAAAAUGUGAUCGUAUUAUAAAUUGUAUUUUAAUGUUUAAGGACUCUUGGAAGAUUACUCCCAAUGAGGACUAAAAGAGAUCCUAAACGAAUCUACAUCUAAAACAAGCAUAGUGGCUGAAACAGUGCUGUGUUCCACAUCUAAAACCAGACCGGUGCAUAUUUACAAUAGAAUUAGAAGUUAAAAAACGUGGAGAUUUGGACGGUAAUUAUCUAAGUCAGAAGGAUCUCCCCCUUUAUGUAGGGGGAGGACGUGCCACUUUCCACAUUUUUUUGGGGAGAACAUCAGUAGCAAAUGCCAAGUUAAAAAUACAGGUUAAAGGUUCAACAACGAGUGGGGCAGAGAGCUGUAGUAAAAAGGGGUCAAGUGAAUCAGCCCCUGUGGAUAAAAAAAUCAAUAAUACAUCGUAGACAUCAAAUGGUUGAAAAUAAAAUAAAGUAUGUGAGUCUGUUAGAGCAUCGUUCUCUACAAUCUGUUCUGAGGUGACUAAAGGACUCCUUUUAGUGGGAGGAGAUUCAUUUUCAGACACUAUCCUUUCAAACAAGUGGGCAGCUGAAUCAAAAACGGUUAUUAAAAGUACUACACAUUUCAAUUUGGUCUAGUAUGGGACCAGAGGCUGUCAAAACCUGUUGAGGCAACGAGGAGAUGGAGUUUUGUUUCAAAGAUUUGACCACUUUCCAGAAAUGUUGCUGGAUUACUACCAGUUUCCGACACACAAUUCAAGAAGUAUGUCUAUUUAGCUUUUCUAACCAGAGAUAGACAUCUAUUUCUCAAAACUGUCUGAAACUCUGCCUAUCAGACUUCAGUCAGUCAGUCUAGCCUCAGCCCAAAGCUACAUUUCUUUCCUGUCAUUUCUCAAGGAUUAGAUUUAAACAGGGAAAUAAAACAACGAAGGGCCUGAUCCGAGUCAGUGAUAGUCGACAGCCAUUAAACAGAUGUGUGAGUAUAUGUCUAUGUUGUAAAAAACAAUAUUAUUAACUCCCACACCCAUGAUUUUACCUAUGCACAUUUCGUUUUUCGAUAGUUCACUGAAAAAUGUGGGUAAGUGUACUUAAACCCACCAAAAGCUAAGUUUAGACAUUUCUAACAUAUACUGCCCUCAUUUUUGUAAGAAAAGUGGAGAUAAAAUGAAAGGUGAAUCUCUUAUGUGAGGUUUUAUGAAUUUAAUGAGGCAAUACAAAUAUUUGAUAAAAUAUGUGAAAAGUCUGGACUGGGCUUAAUGGGUAUCGAGUGUUACAGGGGGUUCCAAAUAAUCUCACCUCUAAAAUAUUUAUAUAUAUUUUUUAAUUAACAAAUGUUUAAAACUUAGAAACUGAUGUGUAAAAUGUGAAUAUAUUUAACUCCCCUGAAGUUAUUAAAAUAAAUAUUAGUAUUCAUCGUGAAAGUUUCAUUUAUAACGGGGGGGGGGGUCCAAUCUUAUCCACAGAGAUCAAUGUGGACUUAUGCUUUUGUUCUUUGCAACCAGUACACACCUGAUUCAACUAAUCAACUAACCACAGACUUCAAUCAAGACACGAUUAGUUGAAUCAGGUGUGUUACUGCUUGGUUGGAACACAAACCUGCACCCACACCGGCACCUCUGUGUAUAAGAAGCGACGCUCAAAGACCAUAAAACUCACAAUUGUCAACGGGUUAUCUGAAAGCUGAAUAACAUUUAAUGUACUGCUAAACUUGUUAAUUAGUUCAACUUGUCUUCCUUAAGCCUGUCUGAAGACAGUUUCAAAUCUCCCUCUGAAGACAGUUUCAAAUCUCCCUCUGCUGUGUAUAAUUUUUUUUACAGGUGGUGGACCCAAAAACAGAAUCACCUGGAUGAAUGAAGGACAACAAUAUGCCCCCACCCAAACGUGAAUGAGUAGUCGCCCAAUAGUCAUCUUAUUGUCCCUCGUUUGUUUGAAUUUUUGUCCACCACUUGUAGUCAAUGUAUUUAUUAUCAUUUACAUUCUGUAUAGAGGGAGUGAUUUCUGUGCUACCUAAUCCUUUAAACCCACCUAAGAUAAAUGUCAUAUAAAAAAAAAAUUGUGUCUAUGCAAAACAAUGCACGGUUCAUUUAACAGUAAAAUAUGAGAAAAUGUAUUUAAAAAUGUAAGCUGUGAAUGUCUGAAAUGUAACAUCUUGUAGUUCACUAAGUUAUGUCGGAACAUUAAAUAGGAGAACAUCUUAGUUUUGAGUGGGCUUAAUGGGUAUGUGGGCUUAAUGGGUAUGUGGGCUUAAUAGGUAUGUGGGCUUAAUAGGUAUGUGGGCUUAAUAGGUAUGUGGGCUUAAUAGGUAUGUUGGCUUAAUAGGUAUGUGGGCUUAAUAGGUAUGUGGGCUUAAUAGGUAUGUGGGCUUAAUAGGUAUGUGGGCUUAAUAGGUAUGUGGGCUUAAUAGGUAUGUGGGCUUAAUAGGUAUGUGGGCUUAAUGGGUAUGUGGGCUUAAUGGGUAUGUGGGCUUAAUAGGUAUGUGGGCUUAAUAGGUAUGUGGGCUUAAUGGG